CACACAGACAGACAGAAUGCAGCAGAAUCCCUGUCUUUAACAAACUGCCUUCAAACAACUACAAUUAUACAAUUUAACAAGAUGGUGUCCUGGAUCAUCUCAAGAUUAGUGGUGCUAAUAUUUGGGACACUGUAUCCAGCCUACUCUUCAUACAAGGCAGUAAAAACGAAGAAUGUUAAAGAAUAUGUGAAGUGGAUGAUGUACUGGAUCGUCUUUGCGUUUUUCACAACAGCAGAAACGCUCACAGAUAUCAUUCUUUCUUGGUUUCCAUUUUAUUUUGAACUGAAGAUCGCCUUUGUCAUCUGGCUGUUGUCCCCCUACACAAAAGGCUCCAGUGUGCUCUACCGGAAGUUUGUCCACCCAACGCUGUCCAAUAAGGAAAAGGAGAUUGAUGAGUACAUUACCCAGGCCAGGGACCGGAGCUAUGAGACUAUGAUGACGUUUGGGAAGAGGGGACUCAAUCUAGCAGCCAGUGCUGCUGUUACUGCCGCUUCCAAGGGUCAAGGAGUCCUCUCAGACAAGCUGCGCAGUUUCAGCAUGCAGGACCUGACGCUGAUCCACGACGAGGGGACGGUGCACCUGCGCAGCUCAGACCUGCCCAUGCACACGUCCACCAGCAGCCUGCUGGAGACCAUUGCCGACUCCAGAGGGGGGGCCAGCGCUGGCCGUGGUAAAGCCCGACCAGAGGAGCUACAUCAGACUCAGAAGCUGGACGGGGACCAAUCAGACACAAGGACAGAGCAGUCGGACGAGGAUGCUGUGGACAGAGCCCCAAAACGCACACAGAGCAUAAAGACAGUGAAGAAAACCACAACGAAAACAGAGCCUCAGACGAAAACCGUGAAGAGGCAGCCGAAGAAAAAGACAACAACGGCACCCAGCAGCAAUGAAACGGCGUGAGGUCCUUCGAGAGCGCGAGGGGGCCGUCCGCCUGUCCGCCUGUCCGUCUGUCUAUCUGCCUUCCACACGCACACACACAUACACACCGCUGAACGACCCCGGCUUCCAGAGGGGCUGAGAUCACACCACUUUUGAGGUGACCUGGGGGUACUGGAUGCUGCAGCGAGCAGAGGAGAAGAUGGAGGUGCUUUACAAAACAGUUUGGUAACUUGCUUUGAGUCCCAUAUCUUGUCCUGGAUUCAUUUGAGAACUAUUAACAACCCCUUGUUUUAAAGUUAGGGCCCUCAACAAAGGAAAGUAAGCUUCUUACCAACAGGUGCUUAGCAUGCUGGCAUUAUUUGAGGGCCUCAUCUUUUGGCUGUAAAAUGAAUACAUGUUUUGUGUAAAUUUACUCAAGCAACAUAACGUAAGCAAAAAUGAGGGUAUUUUUAAGUUUUUAGUUGAAAAAAGUGAGUAUGUUUACUCAGUAGAGUGGUAUUACAUACAGUUAUGUUUUUAAUUCGGGAAAUAAGUUAAUGUAAUAAAUUAAAGUCCUUUUUUUUGUAUAUCUUAUAUAGGGCAUAACUUAUAUCCAAAGUGGGAUGAAAUUUUGAAAAAUCAGGCUGAACAAACCGUAGAAAUAUAUUUAAUCCAACUACGUUGUGUUGUUAUAAAUCAGUGUGAUAUGAGGCAUAAAUGCACAGCGAAUAUAUAAUAACCCAAUAUGUAUGCAUUGUAAGUGGGUUAAAGAAACCUACGGCAACAGCAGAAUGUUAAUAGCAGAUUGCUAUUCUUGGCUGUGAAGCAGAAGUUUAGCAAAUUGUAACUAGGCUGCUAGUAGCUAGGAAUUUGUUUUUAGUGAUAGAGAAACCUACCUAUAAUUUAGAAAAUGUUUUAGGAAUUAUUUCAGAUUUGCAAACAAGCAUCGCUUUAUCUGCUUCCCUGUAAUCGUUCACCAGUCACUGAAAUUUACUUUAUUUAUGCAAGUACUAUAUAUUAUAUUUGUAUAUAUGCUGUAUAUGUACAAU